GUGACGGCCCAGCCCACAGACUUCGGGAGUCGGUGAAGUCCGCGCUGCUGCCUCUGCGGUGCUGUGUUCCCCGGCCCUGGGCGAUGGAGAACGGAGCCGUGUACAGACCCACCACCGAGGAGAACUCGGGCCCUGCCAGGGGCGCCCGGAGCGGCCUCGCCGCCUGCUUCACCCCGGGCCGGCUCAAGUUGCCUCGGCGCGUGAUCAAAGGCUUGCAGCUGUUGCUGUCUCUGCUGGCCUUUAUCUGUGAAGAAGUUGUAUCGCAAUGCACUUUGUGUGGAGGACUUUACUUUUUUGAAUUUAUAAGCUGCAGUGCCUUUCUUCUUUGUCUCCUUAUGCUGCUAGUGUACUGCACGCCCAUUUAUGACCGAGUUGAUGCUGUAAAAGUCAAGUUAUCGGAUUUUUAUAUUACUUUGGGGAUAGGAUCUGCAUUUCUGUUGGCGUCCAUCAUUUUCGUUUCCACACAUGACUACACCUCAGCUGAAAUUGCUGCAACUGUGUUUGGGUUUCUAGCAAGUAGUAUGUUCCUGCUUGACUUUGGCAUUAUGGUCUAUGAAAAGAAACAGGAGUCCCAGCUGAGAAAACCUGAGACUACCAAUAGGGCAGAGGCCCUCACCGAACCGCUUAAUGCUUAAAGACUCCAGGGAGCAGGGGCUACAUAAGGUAGCGACUGCGUGAUACUGCGCCCGGGCAGAAGUGCUUGUACUAUCUGUGUAAUUGCUAAACCACUUCUUUUGAAGGGGAGGGGCUUUAAGGCAGUUUUAUCAAUAUUGGACAGUAUGUCAGUCACCACGAGUUAGGCCAGGGUUUUUUGUUUUUUUUUGUUUUUUAUAACAUUUGAAACUUGUAUCAAUGAAGUUUUUAUUUUUAAGGUUUUUGAAGGGGAAGGCAGGAGUUUCUUUCAAUCACAGCUUAAGUGAUGAUAAAUGAUUCUGUCAUUGUUACUAGGUUUAGCUUUCAAAUUAUUCUUUAUGUAUAAACAGUGUGAUAAAGUUAAUCCAUUUAGACAUUGUUUCAUUUUUAAAUUAAUUUGCUUAGCUAUGAGUUGGUUUUUGAUGAUUAGAUAAAAUUUAAUGUAUAUUUAAAUUUUUAAAUUCAAAAUUUUAAAUGUUAGUCUCGGUUUUUCCCUCAAAAUAUAAUAUCCAGGCUUUAUUGUAUCUCCCUUAGCCUUAAAAUUAUAUUGUAACCUUUUAAGAUAAUUGCUAUUAACUCUUUCAUAGUCUAAUAGAAAAUGUAUGGGAGAUGCUGGUAUUUUAUGUGUAUAAAAGCAACAUGAGCAACCCAGUAUUUAUUGUGCACUUUGGUUGUUGUUGAUAUCAAGUAAAAAAAAAUGUAUGGGACACAUAGAAAAAUGGAAGAAACUGAUAUCAUGCCUAAGGACCAAAGAUAAUGAUGAUAUACUUUUUGUGCAAUACAGUAAAAUUGUAAGAGCAGGCUUCGACCACUUACCAAAUGUCCGAAGAGGUGAGUUCAUACUGUGCGUGAGAAAAUGGUUGGUUCUCUCAUUGGCGCACGGUUAUUUCUACUGAAAUGGAUACAGCUCUGCAGGUCCUCUUUGGCGUUUUCUUUGGAGCCAGUCCAGCCUUUGAUUUCACAUCUAUGAGAUGCUCACUCUUCUGUCUCCUUCCAGGAUGGUCCAUACACUGUCACCCGCAGGCAGCAGGGCACCUCUGGCUCUGACUCCUUCCUGUUGGCAGUUGUCUUUCGAUGGUCCAGGACCUUGGGCGCUUUUAAUUGCACAGAUUGUUAGCGGGAUCCUUAAGGUUUUUGUUCGCAGAGAGGCAUUGCUCUAGUUUCUCUUUGGAGGAGACCAUCUUAAGAAAGUGAGUAUCUAGAGUAGCAGUUCUCAACCUGUGGGUCACAACCCCUUUGGGGGUCGAACGACCCUUUCACUGGGGUCGCCUAAGACCAUCGGAAAACACGUAUUUCCGAUGGUC